AUGUCUUCUUCGGCGUUCGCUCGAUGGGUGAACUCUCCGACUGGGCCGAAAACGACGCACUUCUGGGGACCAGUUGCGAACUGGGGAUUCGUUGCCGCGGGACUCGUAGACACGCAAAAACCGGAAGAGUUAGUCUCCGGACCGAUGACGGGGACCUUAUGUCUUUACUCCGCUUUGUUCAUGCGUUUUGCUUGGCGAGUUGAGCCGAGGAACUACAUUUUAUUCGCCUGUCACGCGACAAACGAGUGCGUGCAAAUGUACAACUUCCAACGAUGGGCCAGGUGGAGCCUGAAUAAUCCAACGAGUAGCAUCAGCAGUAGCGCUAUUAAUACCGGAGACGUCAUUCCUGAAUUGAAGAAGAAAGAAUAA